AUGAUGCAUGUAAUCCUUCCAUGGGAAUUGGUAGAAGAGAUACUCUAUCGUGUUCCGCCUCUAUCUCUAACCCGAUUCAAAAUCGUUUGCAAACAAUGGAACACACUUUUCAAAAGCAAAUCGUUCGUCAACAACCACUUGGUUCGUGUCCGUCCUCAGUUCCUCUUAUGGACCGAUUCCAAGAUGUAUUCAGUAAGCGUCAAUCUCAACGAUGAUCAAAAGAUAGAUAUGCGUGAGCUACCCUUAGAUAUUCCUUAUUUGAAUAAUUUUAUGCGUACCUACUUUACUCCUUGUGACGGCUUAUUGUUUUGUGACUCGUGGUCAUGGAGAAAGAAAGCUGCGAUUUGGAACCCGUGGUUGAGACAAACUAAAUGGAUAGAGUACUCUAAGGAAAAAACUUUCACGUUUCGUGGCAUAGGAUACGAUAGUGGUAGACCUGACAAAGGUCACAAGAUAAUUGGGUCAAGUAUUUAUAAUAAGCGAAAACUCAUUGAAGAUCCAUUAUACCGAAGUGUUGAAAUCUACACGUUCGAAACUAAUGGGUGGAAGAGUAUGAAUACCUUUUCUGAAGAAGGAGAGAUCCGCCCAUUAAGUGAUGUGUCUUUGAAUGGAAAUUUAUAUUGGGUUGUUAGCAAUGGCGAGACACAUGAGUGUUUUAUCGAAAGUUUCGAUUUUUCGAAAGAGAUAUAUAAAUGUUUUUGCACUCUACCGUGGAAUUAUAAUUCUUUCCAUGUUCCAGUCCUCUCAACUUUUAGGAAAGAUCGACUUUCAGUGUUAAAAAGAAAGAGAAUGGCCGAAACAAAUAAUAUUGAGAUUUGGGUGACAAAAAACAAGAUUAAUGACGAUGGGGAGCCUGUAGCGUGGAUAAAGUUCAUGACAGUUUCAAUAGCUAUUUCUAGUAACUCUUCUCCAAGUUUCUUCAUCGAUAAUGUCUACCAAAAGAGUUUUAUCAUGUGUUGUGAGGAUGAAAAUAACAAGCUUUGCGUUUAUAUUGUGAGGGGCAAUGCGUUGACGAAGAUUCAAAUUGUAGGUGUUGAUGCUAAAAAUUAUAUUAAUCAUUGUUCCUAUGUUCCCAGUUUGAUCCCAGUUCCUUGA